AUGUCAAAGAAGACGCCUCUAGCAAGACCGCCUCCACGCCCAUCAUCCACUGCGGGAUUUGUUGACACGAUGGCGGCUUCGCAACAGGCACAUAUUGACCAACUGGUCCAGCAAAACCGAACACUCCAGCAUGGCGUGAAGAAACUACACGAAGAGCUUGCCGCCGAACAAAAGCGGGGUCAACAGGUCGUCCAGAAGAUUCAGGAACAGUGGCACGUAGAACGGCUCCAGUGGCAGGAAGGUUGCGAUACCCUACAAGCAUGUCACAAGCUUGAAUACCUCCGACUUACGAUGGAUCUAGAGAAGGAGCAGGACAGUGUUUUGAAGGAACGGAAUCGAACGAGGUUGGAGAAAGUUGCUCGGCUUCAGAGGGAUUUCAAGAUAACGAUGUUUCAGGCGAGGGAGAACGAGCUGGAGAGGCAGGUGGAAGAUCUCACCAUGGAGCUGCAGAGUUUGACUGCUUCGAAGGAGAAUGACAUGGCCGAGAAGGAGAGUUCACGUGCGGCAGCGUUAAAGAAGAUCAAGGCUGAGUAUGCGGAAUAUGUUGCUCAAGCACAGGCAGACGCUGCGGGGUACGCUGAGAUCGAAGAGGAAAGGGAUCGGCUACAAGAAGAGCUGGGAAAGUUGCGGGAGGAGCACGCGCGGCUCAAGGUUUCAUCCGAUUCAUCAUCAACUCGACUGGAACGCGCUACCUUACAACUCGAAGGAUCCAAGUCGACUAUCGCCGCUUUGCAGCAGAAGAACGAUGAAUUGGUCCGGAAUGUAGCCGAUCUCCAGCAUCAGCUAGGCAAGUGGCAAACCCUAGACGUGAAGGGGGUCGAGGAGAUUGAAAUUGAGCGGAAAAAGAGAGUGGAAUCAGAGACACGCCUAAUGCAACUACAAGGGCGGUUAGAUCAGAUGGAAAAGAAGGAGGCAGAGCUCUCGGGUCUUUUGGAGAAGGAGAAGAGGCGGACAGAGAAAGCGAAGGAAGCCGCCCUUGAAUGGAAGGCUGCAGCUGAAGGAUACGAAGGCGACUUGAUGACUUUUGAGGGUCAGAUAGCUCAGCUUCAGAACGAAAUAACACAACUCCAGACAGAUCUGGAAACUGAGCGGGCUAUAUCGCGGCCAGCACGAGCCAGAAGACAUACGGCGAAAGAGGCGGUUCAAGACAGUGAUGAUGAAGAGAUCGAGGUUAGUCCGCGCCAAAAGCCCACUUCAAGAGUCAAGAGACCGCCCAAUUCGAAACCCAAGCAGAAACCCCCAUCGACUACUAAGGGAGGUCGACGCGCCGCUUCCCCUGCUGUAGACGUUGUGGAAGCUGGUCCGUCCAAUAGUCAACAUGAAGAGGAUGAACCUUCGUCAGGCGCUUCUGCUGAUGAAGUAGAAGAGAUCAUGGAGCUACCCGCUACUCCUUCGCCCGUUGCAGCUACGAAACGCAAAGGGAAGGCGAAGACAAACGACGUGCCCCCGGCAAAUGACACCGUGAAGAAGCCAGGACGGGGCAAGGCUAAGGCUAAAGCCAAAGCCGAUGUGAAUGAUGUAAGCGACAUCGAGGGUGAGGAGGAUCCUCCGCAAGCUGCAAAGAGGUCGAAGGGGAAACAGAAAGUGGCUGAACAGGAUAGCGAAGUCGAAGUUGUUGACGCGCCUCAGGCCAAACCCGCCAAAGGCAAGUCGAGGGCUGCCGCUUCUAAACCUGCCACACAGACACGGACGCGAAAGAGGAAGGUAUCACCGGAGUCGAGCAUCGAGAACGAUGUCGAGGAGGUCGAAGCCAAGGAUACGAAGCAGAAACGGGGCGGGAGGGCGGGGAGCGUAGCCCCUAGUACCGCUGCGAAGCCCGGUAAAAACAAGAAGCGGACACCAUCUCCAGUACCAGAUGAUCUACCGCCUCAAGAGGCUCAGCCGAAGAAGAAAAGGAAGAUCAACCUAUUUCCCGCUGCGCAAACAGGCUCAUCGUUCGAUUUCAUAGGAAAUGGUUUGGGUGGUGGUCUGGGCAUACCUACUGAACUAUCGCCUAUCAAAGACACGCAGGCGAUUCCCAGUCGGUCGGUCAGUGGUAUUGGCAGUAGUUUCCUUCAAUCUCGACUAGUUGCAUCGAUCACUAGGAGACGGUGA